GGCGCAGGGGGGCCGAACCACUGCCUGUCAGAGGUGGAGAUAUAAACCAUGUGUGGGCUAUGGUGGCGCGGCUCGCUCAGGCUCUGCCGAGCUGCUUUGACGUGCUGUCCCGGAAGGCCCGCGUUUGCUUCCCGCCGCUGGCUCAGCAUGAAGCGCUAUGGCAUCGAAGAGAGGGGGCGGCCCAACACGGUCGAGUACCGGCUCUACUUCAAGAAUGAGGAAGGAAAAUUCAUAUCACCGUUUCAUGACAUCCCUCUGUAUGCGUUAAGUCAAGAGGACAGUGACGUGCCUGCAAAAAAAUCCAAGACUAAUUGGAAUAAGAAUGUAUUUAAUAUGGUGGUAGAAGUUCCCCGCUGGACAAAUGCUAAAAUGGAGAUUGCAACAAAGGAGCCUCUAAAUCCUAUUAAACAAGAUGUAAAGAAAGGCAAGCUUCGAUAUGUGGCAAAUGUAUUCCCUCAUAAAGGAUACAUAUGGAAUUACGGCGCCCUUCCUCAGACCUGGGAAGAUCCUAAACACAGAGAUAAUGAUACGAAUUGCUGUGGAGAUAACGAUCCCAUCGAUGUCUGUGAAAUUGGCUCAAAGGUUUGCUCAAGAGGAGAUGUAAUUCAGGUAAAAGCUCUGGGAGUGCUGGCUUUAAUAGAUGAAGGAGAAAUGGACUGGAAGAUAAUUGCAAUUAACAUUGAUGACCCAGAAGCUGAUAAAUUUAAUGACAUUGGAGAUGUGAGAAAAUAUAAGCCUGGCUAUCUUGAGGCUACUGUUGACUGGCUCAGGUCCUAUAAAGUCCCUGAUGGGAAACCUGAAAACCAAUUUGGUUUUAAUGGGGAGUUUAAAGACCAGACAUUUGCUGUUGAUGUGAUCAAAACUACCCACAACUACUGGAAAGAUAUGGUUCAUAAAAAAUCAGACCAAGGAGAGAUAGAAUGUAAAAACGUAAUGGUUAGUGAAAGUCCUUUUUGUUGUAGUAAAGAGGAAGCUACUUCAAUUGUCCAAUCUGCCCCAUCAGCAGGUAAUGCUAAUCCUGUACCAGCAGAAGUUAAUAUAUGGCACUUCCUGAAAAAAUGACUUUUCUGAAGUGAUUUUUCUGAAGUGGACACAAGAAGCUAUUUGUUUUAUUUUAAUAUCAUGUCAUGACAUUUUCUAAAUGACAUCUGUGUAAAUAAAACACACUUUCUUUUGUUUAUAA